GGUAUUGAGCUACCAGCUCACAUCCUUGAGUCGAAGUCUGAUCCCAUCUAUAUUUGCUUGUCCGUAACGUUAGCUGACUGUCCCUGCAUCAUGUUUCGAGCCGCCGUCCGACUUUCAGUGUCCGGUGCCCGGAGUUUGACACGGCCACAGCUUGGACUUACAGCUCCACUGGCCCAGAGGUGUUACGCCCAUGGUGGGAAGCUGGAAUCGGACGAGGAGUUUGAUGCCCGAUGGGUAACCUAUUUUAACAAGGCAGAUAUUGAUGCGUGGGAGCUGAGGAAAGGGAUGAACACGCUGAUUGGAUACGACCUGGUGCCUGAGCCUAAGAUCCUGGAAGCAGCUCUCCGAGCCUGCCGCAGAUUAAAUGACCUGGCUAGCGCCAUACGUAUCCUGGAGGCUGUCAAGGACAAAUCUGGUCCCCACAAAAAAAUCUACCCAUACUUAAUUCAGGAGCUGCGACCAACACUAGAUGAGCUUGGUAUCUCUACACCUGAAGAGCUUGGCAUGGACUAAGUAUAGAUGGUUUUCUCUGGGCUGCUGUUCUCUCUGGGCUGCUGUUAUCUCUCUGGGAACCUUGUACUUCGUCUUUGCCUCGUAUAAAUGUGAUAUUUAAUUUGGGCCUUUAUUAAGUUCUUUUGCUUGUAAAAUAUUGAUGAACCUAAUAAAGGAAAAACUACUUUUUUUUUUUUUUUUUUAAAUGUGUCAAAUGUGCUUCUUGGUAUCAUUUUAGAUAUGUUUGCAUUUCAACAUUUGCAGGUGAUUUUUAUUAUUAUUUUCUUCCCGUUUUUAAAUGUAACUAGGGAAGUCUGUUAAGAACAAGGAUGGCCUACACAGGCCAAACCUUAACCCGGACGAUGCUGGGCCAGUUGUGCUCCGCCCUAUGUGAUUGCCGACUGACUGAACUACAGAUUGCCUUUGUGUCAUAAAGAACUAUUAAUUAUUUGUAGAUCAGUCACAGUUUAACCAAAAUGCCUCACGUCUGCUGGGGCGGCAGGUAGCCAAGUGGUAAGAGCUUUGGGCCAGAAAUCGCAAGGUUGCUGGAGCGGAUCCCCGAGCUGACAAGGUAAAAAUCUGUAAUUCUGCCUAUGAACAAGGCAGUUUAACCCACUCUCCCCUGGUAGGCCAUUAUUGUAAUUGACCGUUGAGGUGGUGGGUGUGGUCUGUCAGUCAUGUCUAGGACCCAUUUGUAAGGACCAUUCUAGUCAUUUUAAAGUAGUCCAUUUUCAUCAUUGUCUGACUGCUCAACUCAGGAAUCGCCACCCAGUUGACUACUUUAAAAUGGUAGAAGCCCUCGGGCAAUGUCCAUGCUAAAACGCAUUAUCUGUGAUUUAGUCUCUGACAACAGGCUGAUGACAACUCUGAUAAGUUGGUUUUUGGGUAAGUUGCCAAAAGGUGACCAAGCCAUAGAGCUAGACAGAGGACUCAUUUGUAUCAGUGUUGUUAUAGCAUCUGUGACAGCAUGGGCAGCCACUCAGUGCAUGUAUAACAACCUAAAACAUUCCAAACAUCUAUUAAAUCAAAUAAACCUCAAGCAGCAAAUGGGCAAUUACCUUUUUGUUUGUUUACCAAAUAAGACGCUCAAUGACCUCCAUACAAAACUCCUCACUUCUGGGCAGUGUUGUAAAGUACAUAAAUAAAAAUAUUUUAAAGUA